CCCCGAGCCUGGGGCAGUGUUUUUUGGCCCCUAGGAAAUAUUUUCUUUAUUGAGGGUGAAAGAACAAGUGAGUUGUGACUAUCACACGAUUGUGUCAAGCUCUUCAGCGUGUUUCUCUUAUUCCACGGGAAGAUGUCAGCACUGGGACCUUAAUAACACACAGCAGAGGGAACGUCCUAGGUGCGAGGAGCCAGACAGUGACCUGGCAUUUGCUGCUCCAAGCCACCGGCGUCGGGAGAGCCCCUCCUGACCAUGAAGGGUUCCAAGGGCGUCGAGAACCCGGCUUUCGUCCCCAGCCCGGACACCCCGCGCCGCUCCUCCGCUUCGCCAUCCCAGGUGGACGUGUCUGCCUCGUCCUCCGUCUCCCGGAGAGAGGAUUCUCAGCUACGUGAGCCCCAGGAGCCCCAGAAGUCACCUGAGCCCCCUCCGCUUUCAGCAGCGCCCCGGGUCUCCCAGGAGCAGCCCGGGCCGCAGCUGCUGUCGGAGCCCGGGGAGGGGCCGUGCGGCUGGGGGAGCUUCCACCCGCGGUGUCUGCAGCGCUGCAACACGCCGCGGGGCUUCCUGCUGCACUACUGCCUGCUGGCGCUCACGCAAGGUGUUGUAGUGAAUGGCCUCGUCAAUAUUAGUAUCUCCACCAUUGAGAAGCGUUAUGAAAUGAAGAGCUCGCUGACUGGCCUCAUCUCCUCCAGCUACGACAUCGCCUUCUGUGUGCUGUCUCUGUUUGUCUCAUUUUUCGGUGAGCGAGGUCACAAGCCCAGAUGGCUGGCCUUCUCGUCCUUCAUGAUAGGCCUGGGAGCACUUGUAUUUUCCUUGCCACAAUUUUUCAGUGGAGAAUAUCAGCUGGGGUCCAUUUUUGAAGACACCUGCUUAAGUACGAGGAAUAGUACGAGCUGCACCGCUUCAGCUUCUUCUCUUUCUAACUACUUGUUCGUCUUCAUCUUGGGACAACUGUUGCUGGGCACAGGCGGGACUCCUCUCUACACCCUGGGGACAGCCUUCAUCGACGACUCUGUGCCCACACACAAGUCCUCUCUCUACAUAGGGAUUGGCUACUCCAUGUCCAUCUUGGGUCCCGCGAUCGGCUAUGUGCUGGGAGGACAACUGCUCACCAUGUACAUUGAUGUUGCUAUGGGGCACAGCCCUGACGUCACUGAGGAUGAUCCCCGGUGGCUGGGAGCUUGGUGGAUUGGAUUUCUUUUAGCUUGGAUCUUUGCUUGGUCUUUGAUAAUUCCUUUUUCUUGCUUUCCAAAACAUUUGCCAGGUACAGCAAAAAUUCAAGCUGGAAAAAUUUCCCAAGCUCAUCAGAAUAACAGUAUAUCCGUGCAUCAUACAGAUGAGAAAUUUGGAAAAAGUAUUAAAGAUUUUCCAGCUGCACUGAAGAAUUUGAUGAAGAAUACCGUCUUUAUAUGCUUAGUUUUAUCAAGUUCUUCAGAAGCUUUAGUUACUACUGGAUUUGCUACAUUUCUACCAAAAUUUAUAGAAAAUCAAUUUGGAUUGACAUCCAGCUUUGCAGCUACCCUUGGAGGGGCUGUUUUAAUUCCUGGAGCUGCUCUUGGGCAGAUUUUAGGUGGUUUCCUCGUUUCAAAAUUCAAACUGGCAUGUAAAAAUACAAUGAAGUUUGCACUGUUCUCGUCUGGAGUUGCAUUUCUGCUGAGUUUUAUAUUUAUUUAUGCCAACUGUGAAAAUGAGCCAUUUGCUGGUGUGUCAGAAUCAUAUAAUGGGACAGGAGAACUGGGAAAUUUCGUAGCCCCUUGUAAUGCCAAUUGCAGCUGUCUGCGCUCAUAUUAUUAUCCUCUCUGUGGAGAAGACGGAGUCCAAUAUUUUUCUCCCUGCUUCGCAGGUUGUUUAAACUCAGUUUCAAAAAAUAAACAAAAGACGUAUUACAAUUGUUCCUGUAUUGAGAAGAAAACAAAACUAGCAUCUGCUGCAGAGAGUUUAGCUUCUGAAGCUGAAGCUGGGAGGUGUGCGACUCGGUGUGCAAACCUGCCUGUGUUUCUUGGCAUUUUCCUUGUUACCGUCAUCUUUACAUUUAUGGCUGGUACUCCCACGACUGUGUCCAUCCUAAGGUGUGUUAAUCACAGGCAGCGGUCUCUGGCAUUGGGAAUUCAGUUUAUGUUGCUUCGAUUAUUUGGCACAAUACCUGGACCAAUUAUAUUUGGCCUCACGAUAGACAGCACGUGUAUUCUGUGGGAUGUGAAUGAAUGUGGGAUUAAAGGAGCCUGCUGGAUUUAUGAUAACAUCAAGAUGGCCCACAUGCUAGUAGCCAUAUGUGUCAUUUGCAAAAUUAUCACCAUUUUCUUCAAUGGGUUUGCAAUCUUUCUGUAUAAACCACCACCACCAGGCACAGAUGUGUCAUUUGAAAGCCAGAGUGCAGUUGUGACGACGGUUUCAGCACAAUCGGAUCUCAACAAAGGAGGAAAAGAAGGGUAAAGACAAAGAGACGAUUUUAAAAAUUCACCUCCGUUUCCAAGAACGUUCUUUGCCAUGGCAGCAUUAUUUACCCAAUAGAAACAAUAAUAUUUUAAAAAUAUGUUUUAUAAUCAAAGGGAUUUUUAUACAUGUGUGGACGCAUUUGUUUUUUUAAUACGAGAUUCAGACCCGUGCCUUCAAAGACCACCAAAAGCCUCACCACACACACACAGGGGCACAUACACACACGCACACACGCACACACAGACACACUUAUUUCCCAUUGUCUAAUAAGAAAAAGAACUAACCAUUAGUUUAAAGUUUACAUUUUAGAAAACAAUGAUGAUUCCUAUCCCUUCUACAACUUGUUUCAUUUUAAUUUUUCAUGCCAGGAGUUUAUGUAGGAAAUUUAUGGUAUAAAAAUGUAAUCACAUUUAUGUGAUGAUUUCUGGGAAUUAUUAUUGAAAGCCUAUGAAUUUAAACCAUCUUUAUCAUAUAAUUUGUUUUGAAAUUUGCAGACGCUAAUCUGGCUUUUCCUUAUUAAAACAAGCUACUAAACUAUUAGAAUAUAGAUUAGUCAUCUUCUUUGUGUCUGAGUAUAUAGUGAAUAGAAAUAUCAGCAUUGUGAACACUGGAGACCCACAAGGGAGCAGGGUGGGAGGGGCAAGGAUGAAAAUUCCUUGGGGGUGCCGUACGUGCUCCUAGGGUGCAUCAAAGGCAGACUUCACCCUAUAUAGGACAUGCAUGUGAUGGAAUUCAACUUAUAUCCUCAAAUCUAUUAAAACAGAAAGUAAAAUAAAAUAAAACCAUCUAUUUAAAUAAUUACACAUAUUUUAUUGGUCCUACUGAGGGGAUAUAAUGCUUUAAUUACCUUUCUUGUGUUAAAUGAUCUUUGCUUUGGUUGUUUGAGUUAACUCCUAUUAUUUUUAUUUUAUGUUUGAUGCAAUUCGAUAUGAUUGUAUUUAUUUAGGAUAUUUAUACACAAAAUAAUAGAGAUAUGUGAAAACAAAGAAGUAUCAAUAUUGUAUACACAUAUUUUCACCUUAACCCAAGAAUUCCAGGAGGUAAUGUGUCGAUAUUGUUGAUAUUAACACUUAACUUUUAUGAGUCUGUGAUAGUAUUAUUCAAUUACAUAUAUUUCAGAGGAAAGUACCAGCUUCAGUAAAGAAAAGUGCCAAUGAGAUAUGAAAAGAUUUUUUAAUGAAGUAUUGACAAAUACUUACAUAGUUAAUACUUUAGUUUUUAUUAUUAUAAAAGCCAACCACCUACUACAUUAAUUGUGGUACCUAAAAUAGUGUUUGGCAUGUAAUACAUCUAUUACUGUUGUUGGAUUAGAACAUUAAACCUUACUCUUUAACUGAAGCAUUUAUUUGAUAGUUGAAAGUAUUUCUCAAUCCUGACAACUUUAUAACUUCACUCUUUUUUUCUGAGGUCAGAUUUACCCCACCUUAGCUUAGAAUAUGGAGAAUCUAGAUGCAUAAAUGUCAACAAAAAUAACUUGUAUCAUGGUUAAAAUUUUACUGAUUAGUGUGCUGAAGUUCAAGGCUGGACAUGAUUACAUUUGAAAUUUGUAUUAAAUAGAAGUUAAUAAGGUCCAUUAUCAGGUUUCUCCUAUUGGCUUUCCCCUAGGUUAGUUUUUUACAGUGUUUCAUAUAUGCUGUGAUCGAGAUAAUAUAAGCUUCAAGUAAGGACCUGCCAGUGGAAACCAGGAUCAGAAACACUAAAAAUUAUCAGCAUUUAAGAGACCAUGUUUUGAGGUAAUCUAUGGCCAACGAUGAUUCCAGAACCUAGUGCUAAUUAUAAAGUGAAAUUCAAGGAAAGGGAACAAGUUAGGAGUUAGUGGAGAAGCACACUUGGUGUUAGACGGAAGGAGCCGGGGUCAGGAAACAGAGAGGGAGAGAGAGAGAGACCUCCUUAAACUGGAAAUGUACGUACAACUACCAGAGAUUGAAGGCAGGUAGGAACCAAAAAGCCGGGUUUGGGGCAAACAGGAAAUUGAUAGCAACCAAAGGGACUGGGCAAGUAGGACACAUUAUAUAUAUAUAUAUAUAGAUAGAUAGAUAGAUAGAGAUAUAUUUAUUAUUAUUCACCUGAGGUUUACUUUUUUAAAUGCUAAUUUCUGUUGGAGCCAAGGCAGAAAGAAUGUUUGGGCCUCUGUGUUCUGUGUGGAGGCAGGGAAUAGAGUGGAAGAAUUUCAUGGCUCUCAAAUCAUGGGGGGCAAAUUCUGGGGAGCUCACUAAAGAGACAUGAGGGAGGAGACAGCAGGUGCACAGACCAGGGCUACUUAGUUUAGAGAAAAGGGAAAAAUCACCCCAUGCAUAGGAAGUCUGAUAAACAGGUUAUAGUAGUGGCGGUCACGAAGAUUUCUAAUUGCCAAGGCCUGCACUGUGUUCAGUGUACCUUUUAAAGCAAAUCGUAGACGUGAAAAUAAUUUUGGCCCUUAGAGUCAAGCUCUUCUGUUUAUAACACAAAUAUUCAGAAAGAAUACCUCCUUUUGUGACAAUGGUCCAGACACUACCGUAACUUAGCACAGUCAUUUUUACUUUGUAAUCCACUUUGAUCAUAUAAGUUGACAAGGUUCUUGUAGAACAAGUUCAUAAUAUGUAUUUUUCACAAUUUAUAAUAAUUUAUAAGUAAGCUUAAUUUAUAAGUCGUCCUGUUGUGAUUUUGUACAUAAAUGGGAAUAUGACUUAAACCUUUUUAACAUUUAGAUUUUCUCAUUUGUAGAGAAUACAAAUGUAAAACUCUUAUACUUGGAGAGAAUUGUAUGCGAUUGACUUUACUAUGUAAAUGUAAAUACAAUUUUAGACUAUUUUCUUUAAGAUUUCCUUUACUGUAAACAAUUAUACAAAAUAUGUGUAUAUACAAUAUAUACCUUUUAUUAAAUGAGAAUAUUUAUUCUAGAUUGUUUUACGUGUUU